AUGAUUUAUUGGAGAUUAGAACGGCGGCGUCGGCCUGACGGACACCACUGCCUUCCUCAAUCCUUACCUGAUAGAUUCGCAAACACAUCUGUGUGCCCCCGAGUGUGCACCUCUAACGAAACCUCUCUCGUUCUCUCUCGCCAUUGCCCAUGCAAAGUUCAAACCCAUCGGUCGCGCAGUCAGUGCUGGUACCAUCGGUCGUUGCGUACCACCAUAGCCCCGUUGCGCACGUUCGGGUGUUUGCCAGUGUGUUUGUUAUGUCGAUCCGGUAAUAUGAUCAACAAGUUUCGGUACAAGAAGCCGUCCGCGGGCGCCGGCGAGGGUGCUAAUGAUAAAAACGGUGCUGGUGAUAAGAGUGAUGCGGUGACCAAGGUUAACGGUGAUAAGGAUGACGGGGAUUACGUUUUCAGUGCGGUGCUUACGGACGAGCAGAAGCGGAAGCUGAAAGAACUCUUCUCGCAGCUCCAGUUCUCAACGGAAACAGCCCUGCCUCCGGAUGCCUUGCGCAGGGCGUUGGCGGAGAGCUUCUUCGACCAGCAGCGCUUCCAGCUGGGCUUCAUGGACGACGCCGCCGAAUGUUUCGAAAACAUGUUGCUCCGCAUCCACACGCACAUCGCCUACGGCGAGGCGGAGGACAUGUGCAGCGCCAGACACUGCAUCCCUCACCAGAAGUUCGCCAUGACUUUGGUGGAGCAAAGUGUUUGUGGACAAUGCGGCGCCAGCUCCGAGCCUCUGAGUUACACGCAGAUGGUCCAUUAUGUGUCCACGUCCACUUUGGUGUACCAAGUGCGGGCCAACAACAAUCGUACAAUGUCUGAAAGUUUUGGACAGUUGCUGAGGAAGGCUGACAGCAUGGGGGACGUUCGAACGUGUCCGAGCGCCUGUGGAGCUGUCAUCCAAAUCGGCAGGUCGUUGAUGAACCGUCCGGAAAUCGUGUCGGUUGGGUUGGUGUGGAACUCAGAGAGGCCCACCUUGGAACACAUCAUGGAGGUCUUCUCCACCAUUGGUACGACUUUAAGGAUGGGCGAGGUCUUCAACUCAGUUAUAGACACUCGAUGGGCCGACACUUCGGUCCAUCAACUAGUCGGAGUUGUUACUUACUACGGAAAACACUAUUCGACCUUCUUCUUCCACACCAAACUCAGGGUGUGGAUCUACUUCGACGAUGCUACAGUACGGGAAGUGGGGCCUAGAUGGGAGCAGGUGGUGGAGAAGUGUCGCAAAGGUCGCUACCAACCACUGUUGCUUUUGUAUGCCUUGCCUGAUGGUACUCCGGUGAACACCGAUAAUGCCCCAAAGCAAAUCACGGCCUUCUAUAAUGAUAAGUUGAAGAAAACUCCUUCACAGUCGGUGCUAAGGAGGUCAAUAACUCCCAGCCCGGAGAAGCCCAUAAUAGGCAACACUCGGAGGGCCAUAACCCCUAACCCAGAUGGUACCCUCAACCAAAAGCCUCCACUUCCAAGGCCAUGCAACGAGUACCAAAACCUUUCAAUCAUCCAGAAGAAUAUUUAUGGUAAUCAGCCAGCUGAUUGCGACGUAGUGGACGGCUGCAUCAGCCGAAAGGAGCCCGAAUAUGUGACCAGGAAGUCCUUAGAUUAUAACUAUCCGAAACCUCAGGUCAACAUACACAGAACCUUGAGCAACAGCUCCUCCUCCGGGGUGGAGGGCAUGUCGAUCCCCGAUCACAUGAACAUCCCCCGCCGAAGGGACUCGGGCAACUGGAGCGGCGACCGGAACAGCGCCUCCUCCGCCUCGUCCACCACCAUGGAGAACCCUUACCUGUACUUGGUGGGCAAGGUGCCCAAUUCGGGCGGAAGCAUACCGGGCAGCCCCACCAGGUCCAAAAGCGACUCAAGUGGCGACGCCGGCUACGACUCCUACUCGUUGUCGUCCAACGACAGCUCCACCAUGACCACCCUGCAGCACCUGAUGAAAAUGGGCCACCUGGCCAAAAUCCCCGAGGACUACAACAACGUGUCCACUCAGGUGUCGCUGAACUGCGACGCCUUGUGCAACGAAGCCGACGACUUGUUGGUGAAGUCACGUCAAUUGGAAGACGAGCACGACUUGGUGUUGGCAUUGGCGUUGUGCAACGCAGCCGCCACCAAAGCCAGGGCGGCCAUGAACGCCCCCUACAACAACCCACAAACCUUAACCUUGGCGAGGAUGAAGCACAACACGUGCAUAAUGAGGGCCAGGAGCCUGCACAGGCGGAUGACCCAGACGCAGAACCCCAACAAAGAAAACCCUCCAGAAAUCAGGCACACCAGGGAAGGAAGUAGCGGCAGUGGAAGGCACUCACGUCAAAACUCCAGAGAUAAAGGGCUGCACUCCAGACAAAACAGUCGGGAGUUGUUGGUGGUAGAGAAGGAGAAGGCGCCACACAGCACUAAAAACAUUGAAAUAUACGCCACCCUGCCUAAAAAGAAGGACGUGCUGAAAAGUAAGCUGGAUGAAAUCAACAUUGGGGAGAACGCCGAGUAUAUGCUUUAUGACAAGCCUCCAAACAGGGAAUCCAGAAGCAUUUUUUCGAGGUCCAAGAACAAGGAAAGCCAAAAGGUGAGGGAGAAGCGCUCGCGAAGCGAGGACAGGAACAAGCUCUCCAGGGACUUCUCCAUCGCCCCGGAAAUAAUCACCGGCAAGGACACCCUAAAGAAAGCCAAGGAAGAGAAGGAAGACAAGAAGGAUAAAGAUGGUAAAACAAAGAAGCAACACAAAAUCCGCAGGAAACUUCUGAUGGGUGGGCUGAUAAAACGUAAGAACCGCAGCAUGCCAGACCUAACUGACACAGCUGCUGACGAGCCUGCUCCUCCCACCACCACAGUGGACGACAGCAGUGUUGGUCUGAAGGGUAGUGAGACGCCCAACGGAAUGUGUGGUUAUCUGUCGGAGGGACACUUGGAAUUCACCGGCAACAACGCGAACCCCAACUUGGAACGCAGCAAGUUGAUGAGGAAGAGCUUCCACGGCAGCGCCGGCAAAAUAUUAACCGCAGCCAAGGUGCCACCACCUCCGCCCCUCAGGACGACUUCCACACUUAGCAAGGCUAAGUCGAACGGUGGUGAAGUGUGUAACGAGAGCGAGAGGAAGUAUUCCACCCCCAACGACAUAUCCUACUAUCAGAACCAGCAGCAGUUUAUGAACAGCUCACCAGUUUACAACCAAUCUUUGCCCUACAUUUCCAACUACCAAAACGCCUACGAUUCUCACACGUAUUACGGCAACAACACGGUUAUCACCAAGGCUGACGUGCACCACGAGCACACCCCCCCUAAGAAUAACUACAACUCAAGCCACAUUGAUAGUGGGGUGGAUGAAGUCGAUUGUCUACCAUCACCGGCUGAGCAUCAACUAGAACUGCCGCCUUAUCCAAGCCCGAUGGGGUCAGCCAUACACUCCAGACAAGCUAGCGAGGAGUUCCCUCCUCCACCACCACCACUUGACUUGUCAGCCCUGGAUGAAUACCUGCAAAAACCCACACCCCCCGAAGAGCCAUCACCCAACAGUCUUUUGGCACAACUUCAGAACAAACGUAGGGAGAUUUUAACUAACGAGGGCGGCGAGGUGAAGACCCCCACCACAGAAGUCAAGUCUUCCGGUCACACCUGGCUGAAGGAGCUGCAAGCUAAACAAGCGGCACUGCGCAUGAAGAAGUCCCAAGACUUAAAGGAGAACGCUGAUUCGGACAGCAUCAAAACUGUGCCCUAUGAGAAACAUCACUCAGUCAAGUCCGUUAAGGAUCUGGCGUCGAAGUUCGAAAUCACCGACAAUGGCAGCUUCAACUUGAACAAAGCUCCCACUAACAACAACAACAACAGUCACAACGUGGAGACAACAGUUGUUAAAGAUGAACCCAUACCUCAGAGGCAAAUCGACGAGGAGAUUUUGGAGGUGGAGAUGCUGAGCGCUGCGGUCAAGAAGACUUUGAACAUGAGCCACGAGGAUGAUGGCCGAAGGCCACGCCAAAAGAAGAAGAGUGUGUCCUUCUGUGAUCAAGUCAUAUUGGUGGCGACGGCGGAAGACCAGGAAGACGACAGUUAUAUUCCAAAUCCAAUAUUGGAACGAGUACUUCGUACCGCCAUGAAUAAGCCUGAGUCGGCUGCCAUUCGCCAGGAAAUCAUUGCGUUGAGGGAGAACGAGAUGAAGAAAAAUGAAAGCCAAACUGAAAACAUUCAGGUGUGUAAUGAGGAGGUUUUCAAUCAACAGCCGUUGUAUGUGAGGCGCAAUUCCGUGGAUAAUUUGCUUAAUCAAGUUGCUUGCGAGGACUCCCCUAAGAAUUAUGGUCAACCUGUGAUUGUACAACGACGAAUUUCUGACGGAGGGCAGUACCAGCCUCACAAUGGUUAUAAUAAUGCUCCGGAGCAGCAUGUGGUGAUGCCACAGCAAGUACCACCCAAUGGUUAUUGUAAUGGACAAGUUAAUUCGUACCAUCAAGUACCGCCUCAGUACGUUGAAUAUGGUCAAUAUAGUAGUCCAAGUCAACCCCAAUAUAAAGAACAAGAGCAUUGUAAUCCUCAGUACAGUCCAGCCUAUGGUAAUCAACCACAUUAUGGUAACACCAGCCAACUACAAAAUUCACCUCAAACUCCCUCCCCGAUGUUAAUGCAAAGCCGUCAGAUGCAGCCCUCGCCCAAUACACCUCAGAACAACCAAUACAACGGACACACUCCCUUCAGACAAUCACCAUAUCAACCCAUACCCCAAAAUUCACCCGCCUACGCCUACUACAAUCAAAACCGUCCUCAAAACGGGUACCGCCAAAGUCCUGCCGACUUCACGCAGACCGGUCAGUACUCACCGGUCAAUCGGCCUUACGUGCAGCAACACAGACAGACGCCCGUGAACCAGCAGAACAUCUACGCCAACCACCAUUCACCGUCACCAGCCCCCUCCAACGCCAGCUACAACUAUCACCCCGCCAUGUACAAGGGCCCGAACAACAACUACGACAACCAACGAACGCCGGAAGCCAACCCCAACCCCAACUACCGGAUGGAGUACGACAACCAGUCGCCGACGUACCAGCGAUUACCGCAGUACUACCCGGAACGUUCGGAUGUGUACCAGCGGGUACCCAUGCCCCACCCCGAACAAAUGUACCAACCCAAAGCCCUGCUGAAGAAAACGGUGAGCUUCGAGCCGGGCACGAAGGGCGGCGACUCGCCGACGCCCAAGGCCAUGGUGACGCCCAUCGUGGUGAACAACGCGAACAACAGCGUGCCCACGGACAAGACGAAGUGCAAUCUGUGCCGCAAAAAGAACGUGGUCGCGCUCAAUCUGUAUUGUACGGACUGCGAGUUCUACAUGUCCCGAUUUAAACCUAAGAGCUAGUAUAGGGUUAGAUAUGUGUAAUUAAAUUAUUGUCGAGAAUUGUGAUAUUAUGUUCAAAUUUUUAAGUUUAUUUGCGUAUAGACGAUGUAAAAGACGGAUCUCAUGUGUAAUUCCCGAAACGAUUGCGUUUGUAUAUAUAGAAAUAUUUUUAUUAGAUUAAUAAAAUAAAAUAAUUUAAAUUAA